AUGGAAGCCGAGACGCAGAGGGUCCUAACGAAGACCCUCUUCCAGUCACAUCCCAGGGAGGCUGUGAAGCAGGAGGAGCUGGGGUGUCACUGGGGUGUGCCCACCUCUGCUGCCAUGUCCUCGGAUAGUUCAGGUUGUGCACCCUGGGAGCCUGCGCUGACAGCCCGGGCGCUGGCAGCUGGGCCUGCGCUCCACGGGGCCUGUGUCCUGCUGGGCCCACUGCACAUGCCUCCCCGCCACCGCCUCAGCAGCCCUCACAGUGGCCCCUGCACAGACCUGGCCAUUCCAGGAUCCUUCAGUCAGAGAUGGACCAACCCGACGCCCCGAACUCCACCAGGAGUCUGUAAACUCACUCUCGGAGUUAACACUGAGGCAGUACUAGGAUGCCAGCAGGUGGGGCCCAUGGGGAGGCCACUACUGCUGCUGGAGGCUGCUGCUGCUUGUGCCCCCGAGACCCUCCGCAAGGCCACCGCCGGACCUGUAAGCUACCGGACCUGCAGCUCCAUCCCUCCCCGCCUGUGUGUUGUUGUCGUGCUGUUCACCACAACUCCAUGCACUGAGCAGCACAUGAGCCCCACACAUCUCAGCCCACACAGGCUGAGUGGGACAGGGACAGGGACGUACAAGGAAGUCUCAGUUAUGCUGCUCCUGAGCAUCUUCAAGGUGGGCCCUUCAGAAGGAGGAAACGGAAUUCAGGGACCAAUGCAAGUCGGGGAGGAGAAAAAGAACACAGAGAAGAGGGUCUUCCUGAUAUUCAUGAGCAACUACCUUGUGCUUGAACUGGAGAUGCAGCAAGCCCAGUGUGGCCCUGCCCUCCUGGAAUUCAGUCUGGAGACGGAGGGGCUGCUACAAUCAAACAGGACAAAGAACCUGACAGGGGAAGGACCUGCUGCCACGACCCAACUGCGCCUGCCCCUGUGUGCGCACCUGCCUCUUCCUGGAGACUACGUGUUGAAGUGGUCCAGCGAUGCUCCUCCAGCAGUGCUCCUCCUAGUGCUCCAGCGAUGCUCCUCCAGCAAUGCUCCUCCUAGUGCUCCAGCGAUGCUCCUCCAGCAGUGCUCCUCCUAUGAUGCUCCCCCAGCAGUGCUACUGCUAGUGCUCCAGCGAUGCUCCUCCAGCGAUGCUCCUCCAGUGAAGCUCCUCCUAGUGCUCCAGUGAUGCUCCUCCAGUGAAGCUCCUCCUAGUGCUCCAGUGGUGCUCCUCCAGUGGUGCUACUGCUAG